UCAAAGAAAAUAUCAUUACUAUAUAAAUUAUGUAAAGAUGGUCUUUCGAAUCCAUUGAACUUUACAUUUGAUUUAAGAUCAUUAAAACUAGUCAUUAAGACUGCCAGACAUUUACUAACCGAACAACCAGAGCUUGAAGAGAGUUUAGUAAUAAUGAAAAUAUUACGAGAUUUGAACUUGCCUAAAUUAAUUGAUAAAGAUAUCGCUUUAUUUUUGUCAUUUUUAUCUGACUUAUUUCCAAACGUCAAAUAUUUGAAAACAACAAAUGCUGAUUUUAUUAAAGCUAUAGAAAUGGCUUUGAAACGUGAAAAAUUUGUAAAAAUUGACACUCAGAUAGAAAAAAUUAUCGAAAUUAUGGAAAUGCUAGAAAAUAGGAAUUCAAUUGCAAUCAUGGGACCAACAAGUGGAGGAAAAUCUGUUAUAAUUAAUGUGCUAUGUGAAACUUUAAAUCAUUUAAAAAUAUCAACAAAACUUAUAACUCUAAACCCGAAAGCAUUUACUAAAUUAGAGUUAUACGGUUAUGUAGAUUCAAUAACAAAAUCCUGGAAUGAUGGAUUAUUAACAAAUAUUAUGCGAAACAUUAAUCAACCAAUUGUCCCUAAUAAUCAGUCUAACCAUUUUAUUUUGUUUGAUGGUGAUAUAGAUUCAAUAUGGGUUGAUGACUUGAACCCUGUCAUGGAUGAUAAUAGAAUGUUAACGUUAUCAAAUGGAGAAAAGAUUAGGAUAAAACCACAAUGUAAUUUGUUGUUUGAAGUUGGCCACUUAUCAUAUUCCGCUCCAUCUACUAUAGCCAGAAUGGGUAUAGUGUAUAUCGAUCCCAAUAAUCUUGGUUAUAUGCCGUUUUGGGUACGGUGGUUAGAACCACGAAGUUUAAUAGAGCAAACAGCAUUGGAUCAGUGUUUUCAAAAAUACGUACCCGUUUUGUUGAAUUUAAUUUUUGAAGAUGAAAACAGUUUGAACAAAUUAAUUCCGCUUAAGACUGCUGUUUCGCAAACUAGAUUAAAUAUGAUUACUCAACUUUGCUUUAUUUUGGAUACAAUAUUACCUUUAGUUUCAUCAGACAAUAAUGAUUCAAAUAAAGUUGGCCGUAAAAGAACUGCAAUGACUAGCAAUGAUAUUGCUAUUCCAUUGACAUCAAUGAUUUCGUUUGUGGCUGGUAUGGGAGUGUUAGAAGCCGUUUUUAUCCAAGCUCUAUACUUAUCACUUGGUGCGUUACUAACUGAUGUAACAUCUCGUCAUAUUUUUGAUGAAAACGUUAAAAAAUUAUCUGGUUUUGUAAAUAUUCCUAAUACUCACGAACGGUUAAAAAAACAAAAUUUGAAAUACAUACCUUCCGAUGAGCCUACUUGGUAUGACUACUAUUUAGAUUUUAAUACGUUGGAAUGGAUUUCGUGGAAAAAGGCAAUCCCAGAGUAUAUUCAUAACGAUACGAUUACAUUUAACGAUAUACUUGUUCCCACAGUGGAAUCUACAAGAUUGGUGUGGAUAUUAAAAUUAAUAAACGAAUAUUAUUUUAGAAGUGCAAUAUUUAAAAAGGUUAAACGCCCUACAAUUAUAAUUGGUGACAUGAGUUCUGGAAAAACAGCAACAAUGAAAUAUUUCAUACGUAAUCUUGAUCAAAAAUAUUAUAUUAAAAUGGCAUUAAAUUUAUCAGCUAGCACUUCGUCAUUAGAUGUUCAACAAAAUUUAGAAACAAAUUUGGAAAGGCAUUCUAGAAAAACAUACGGUCCACCAAUUGGGAAGCGAUUAGUUUAUUUUAUUGAUGAUUUAAAUUUGCCUCAAAUGGAUGGAUGUGGCACACAACAACCUAUUGCGUUAUUGAAAAGUAUAUUUGAUAAACAAGGAAUGUACGAUAGACACAAAUGUUUCGAUUGGAAAGAGCUUGUGGAUAUAUGUUUUUUCGCAGCUAUGAAUCAUAUAGGAGGUGGUCGGAAUGAAUUAGAUACACGGUUUUUGUCACUAUGUUCAGUUUUUUCAUUACCGUUUCCAUCUGAUGAUACAAUUCAAUAUAUUUUCAAUUCAAUUUUAUCAGGACAUACCAAGUCCUUUACGGAGAACAUAAAAUCUGCAGUUCAUAAUAUUAUAAAUAUGACAGUAAAUUUAUAUAAAUUGGUACUUAAAAACCUUCAUCAAACACCAGAAAAAUUCAUUUAUGUAUUUAAUUUGUGUCACAUAAGUUUUAUCGUUAAUGGUAUGACCCGCAUAUUGCCCAAUACAUUUACGACUACAGAGUCCUUUGUACGAGUUUGGAGGAACGAGUUCACCAGAGUGAUAUGUGAUCGAUUAAUUUAUCAACAAGAUCGAGAAAUGAUUGAACGUCAUCUUACUCAAGAAUUAGAAUCGUAUUUUCCUUUACAAAUGGAAUAUGUUCUUAGAGAUCCUCUUUUGUUCGGUGACUGUAGAAAUGCUAUUAGUGCGAACAAUCAAAUACGAAUAUAUGAGGAUUUAAUAGAUUAUGAUUCUGUAUUUUAUUUAUUUCAAGAAAUACUUUUAGAAUAUAAAAAAUAUCAUGGUUUAUUAGAUAUGAUACUUUUCAAUGAUGCAUUAGAUCAUUUAAUAAGAAUUUAUCGUAUGCUUAGAAUAGAUAGAGGACAUGUUUUGUUGGUCGGUUCUAGUGGAAAUGGGAAAAAAUCACUUUCUAAGUUAGCUGCAUUCACAUCUGGCUAUGAAAUAUUUAUAAAUAAUUCAUUUCAUUCAAAAAAAAAUUUGAAAAUGAAUGAAUUAAAGUUUAAACAAGAUUUGAAAAAUAUAUUUUUAAAUGUAGGAGUAAAAAACCAGCCUACUGUUUUUAUAGUUGACAAAGUUGAUGUUAUUGAAGAAGGAAUUUUAGAAUUUAUCAAUAAUAUAUUAACGAAUGGUUUUGUGCCUUCAUUAUACUUAGAUAAAAAAGAGAAUUUAGAAAUCGUCCAGCGUCUUAAAGAAAUAAAUAUUAACACAUCGAGUGAACUCACUACAAACAUUUGUUGGGAAAUAUUCUUGAAAAAUUGUCUGAAUAAUCUUCAUAUUGUGCUGUUAAUGUCGCCUGGAAACAACCUUAGAUUGAUAUUUCGAAAUUACCCUGGAUUCGUGAAUAAAACUUAUGUUGACUGGAUUAAUAAAUGGCCCGUGGAGGCAUUAAAUGCUGUGGUGGAAAAAGUGUUGAUAAAUGAUCAAAUUAUUUCAGAUGUUUACGUUAAUAAUGUAAUAAAGCAAAGUGUUUAUAUGCAUAAAUCUGCAGAAGUCUAUGCGAAAACAUUUUUUAAGCAUACAAAUCGAAAGAUUUAUUUCACAUUGAAACACUUAGUAGACUGUACUCAAACUUAUAAGAAGUUAGUUAAAAAAAAAUCGAGUUUAUCACUUAUUAAGUCUCAACAAAUCCAGAGUGGAUUAGAAAAAAUAGAAGAGAGCACUUUAGAACUUGAUAGGAUAAAUGAUACAUUACUUGAGCAAGACUUAUCUAUAAUACAUAAGAACGUUAUGUGUCAAGACUUUAUAAAACAAAUUAAUGAAACUCGUAUACUUGUAGAAGAAAUAAAAUCUAUCGUGAAUAAUAAUACUGAAAAAUUAAAUUUAAAAAAUGAACAAAUUUUAAACACAAAAAAACAAAUGAAAGAGUUAAUUGAUAAAACAUUACCUGUUUUAAGUACUACUAAAACUUUAUUGAAUGAAAUUAAUUCAGAUGAUUUAACAGAAUUAAAAUCUCUAGACACACCAUCUGAAUCAGUUAUGACUUUACUUGAAUGUGUAGCUAUUUUAAAAGGUCUUAAAGAUAUGAAUACAUGGAAAAGUUUAAGUGAUAUGAUUGAAGAUCCAAAUUUUCUAAAUAAUUUACAAGAAUUGGACGCAAAUAAAAUUAAUCAAAGACAGCAAACUCAAGUACGAACAAAGUUAAAAUUUUUGAAAAAAACAAUUGAUAUUCAAACUAUUAGCAAAGUGGAAUGUAGCUUAUUAAAUAUUAUUGAGUCUAUUUUAAAAUACUGUCACAUUUAUCAAGACAUUAUACCAUUAAAAAGUAAAAUAAAUAAAUUUGAGAAAGAUUAUCUUAACUCUACUUUAAAACUAAAAGAACACGAAGAUAGUUUAGAAAAUACUCUAUGCACUAUAUCAAAUUUAGAAAAAUCUUUAGAUGACAUAUCUAAGGAAAAUAUUGAACUUAAAAAGGAAAAUUGUAAAUUGAAAAUUAAAUUUGAAUAUGCUGACAAGGUUAUAAAAGGACUAAAAUCUGUAAACGAAAGAUGGAUUAAAGAUUUAGAAAAUCAAACCAUAAUAAAAAAUAAAAUAAUUGGUAAUAGUUUACUGAAUGCUUCAUUUUUAGUCUAUGCUGGUCCAUUUUCAUUAGAAUAUCGUGAAAAAAUAAUUUUUAAUGAUUGGUACAAUCAUAUUAUUGAUUUGGGAUUACCAAUUGACUUGAACAUUGAACUAGAAAAAGAACUAAUUGAUGAAAAAGUGAUAUAUGAUUUAAUUUCAAAUUGUUUGCCUUGUGACAAAUAUACAAUUCAAAAUGGAAUAUUGAUGACUCAAUCUAAUCGAUAUCCUCUUUGUAUUGACCCACAUAAUCAAGGAUUGAAUUGGAUUAAAAACCAUGAAAAAAAUAAUUCAUUAAAAAUUCUUUCAUUUGGUGAUAACGAUUAUUUUGUGCAUUUUAAAAAUGCUUUGCAAUAUGGACAACCAGUAGUUUUUAUCGAUUUUGAAAACAUAAAUUUAGAUAUAAAAGAUUUAUUAAAUAAAAAUAUACAAUCGGAAUCAUUUGAUUCUGAAUUAAUUGAGAUUGAUGAUAAAAAAUAUAAGUUCAAUAAAAACUUCAGAUUAUACUUGAUGACUAAACAAACUAAUCCAAAAAUUACAACAUCUAUUUAUUCCAAUAUGACUGUAAUAAAUUGUGCUAUCACACAAGAAGGAUUGGAAGGUCAACUACUAAAUUUGGUGAUAAAACAUGAAAUAAAAGAACUAGAAGAUAAGAAAGAAUUAAUUGUAAAAAAUAUAUAUCAAAAUAAGGAAGCACUUGAAGAAUUUAAAAAUUCGUUUAUAAAAGAAAUCAUAAAUUGCACCGAACCUUUGAUUGAUAAUCCACAUCUUUUAAAUAAACUCGAAGAUAUAAAAUUAAAAAUUAAUUUAUGUUCUACGGAAUUAAAAUCGUCUAUUGAAUCAAUGUCUUUAGUUGAUCAGUCUAGGGAUGUUUAUAAAUCUGUUUCACAAAAAGGAACUUUAUUUUAUAUGUCUCUUUCUGGAUUAAAAGAAAUCGACCCUUUGUAUCAAUUUUCAAUACAGUCGUUCAUGAAAUUGUUUUUGAAUUCAAUUGAUUCAGCAAAAAAAGAUGAAAAUCUAUUGAACAGGAUAUCAAAUAUUAUUUCUCAACUUACAAAUGAUGUUUACGAAUUUAGUAAUAUCAGUAUUUAUGAAAAACACAACUUAUUAUUUUUAUUUCAAAUAGCGUGUACGUUAGAUAGAGAUGCAGGACGGUUAUUGAAUUCUGAAUUAAUAUUCUUCAUCAAAGGUAAAAUUAUAGACUCUGAAAAUGUUACAAUGAAAAACCCAACAACAUGGUUAUCGAAUAAAUGUUGGCAAAAUGUUGUUAAUUUAAGCACGAGCUUUAAAAAUUUCUCGAAUUUGACUGAACAUAUUUGUAAUAACACCGUCAGUUGGAAAGAGUGGUUUUAUUCAGAAUAUCCAGAAUCUGAAAAUACAAUACCUAUCAAAAUAAAUAAAUAUUUUGAAGUCUUAAUGCUAAUAAGAUGUUUUCGAACUGAUCGAGUGUAUCAAUCUGUUGAAAAUUACGUUUAUAAAAUGGUUGAAGUAAAUCAUGAGAAGUGCAUCAAUAACAAAAAUACAAAUCUAGAAAAUAUACAUAAAAAAUUUUCAAAUUUAACACCAUGUAUUUUAAUAUUAAAUAAUGGAUCUGAUCCAAUGAAGGAUGUGACUAAUCUUGCAGAAAAAAAUGAUAUAACUGGUCCAACGUACAAGGUUCUUUCAUUAGGAACUUUCAAUGAAGACGUUAUUUAUUCAGCUUUGAAAUCCGCAAUGUACCGCGGAAAUUGGUUGAUUGUACAAAACUGUAAUUUUUCUGUUCAUUUUCUAUACGAAACUGAAUAUAUAUUAGAACAAUCAAAUGAAAGUUGGCAUCCAAACUUUAGAUUAUGGUUAAUAUUUAAUGGAGAUUCAUUAUCGAGUGAUUCAUUUCCAAUAUCUCUUUUGCUCAGGACAUUAAAAGUUAUCAUUGAACCUUCGAAUCAUAUGAGGAUAAGUAUGCAGAAAGCUUUAGAUAAUUUUGAUUUUGACGAUCAAGAAGAUAAAAAUCAACAUCCUGCUUUCAAAUCAUUACUAUAUGCAUUACUAUUUUUCCACGGAAUAUUAUUAGAACGUAAAAAGUACAAUCAAUUUGGAUGGAGUAUACCAUAUAAUUUUGAAUAUUCUGAUUAUGAUAUGUGUCAAUUAAUAAUUACUAUCUUUUUGAAAAAAAGUGUACAAAAUGAAAUACCUUGGACUACAUUUAAAUAUUUAAUCGGUGAAAUCAUAUACGGAGGAAAAGUAAUCGAUAACUAUGACCGCCAAAUUCUUUUGACUUACGUGGAUGAAUAUUUUGGUGAUUUCAUAUAUAGCUCUUACCAACCGUUCAGCUUUUAUAACUGCAAAGAUUGUUAUAAGCCAAUGAAAUACAUAGAGGUAGAAAGAAAACUAUUUGAAAGUAAUAAACACAGUUUAAAAGAAGUAGUAAAUGAAUUACCAUUGUCUAUUAACCCGGAAGUUUGCGGAUUGAAUUCAAAUGUUUUAUUUGAAUACCACAAUAAUUUGGUUAGACUUUUGUGGACAGACAUGAUAAAGUUAUAUCCAAGUGUUGAUAUAGCUUAUGAUGAAAUUACUGAUCGGGAUAAAGUUGUAUUUCUGGGAAAAGUGGAAAUGAAUUCGAUGUUAGAAGAAGUUUCAAUGUGUUUAUACGCCGGUCGCGUUCCAGGUUGCUGGAGCAAAUUAUCACCACCGUCGGUUAAAUCAUUGUCAGGUUAUAUUGAACACCUUACAAAACGCACACUUCAAUAUUCGAAUUGGAGCCAAAUUAGAGAACCUUUAGUCAUGUGGUUGUCAGGGUUACACUCACCAAAAUCAUACCUCACAUCUUUGAUACAAUUAGCAUGUAGAAAAUACGGUUGGUCAAUUGAACACAGUAUGCUUUAUACAUCUGUUACUCAAUGGACUUGUGAAAGCGAAGUCCAACGAGAACCAGACGCUGGAUGUUACAUCACCGGAUUAUAUUUAGAAGGUGCACGUUGGGAUAUGGACAAACGAUGUUUGACAGAAUGUACUUUUCAAAAUACAUUUGAAAAGUUGCCGAUUUUGGCUAUUAUCCCUAUUGAAACUCGCUUGCUAAAAUUACCCAAGAGUUCAAUUACCAUACCGAUUUAUGUGACUUCGAAACGAGGAAAUUCGAUGACUGAUAAUUGUGUGUUUCAAGCCAAUUUAAAUACACUGCUGCAUAAGAGUUUUUGGAUUUUACGAGGGGUUUGCGUUGUUAUGAAUACAGAUUAA